CUCGCCUCUGGAACUAUGCUCCCGUCGUGCCCCGCGGCACCAGGCUGGAGGCGGAGUGGAGUGGAGCGGGGCGGGGCGGGCCCGUUGCUAAGACUUGGUGGAUCGCCGCGGUGGAGCCAGGCUCCCUCAGAGAAGGAGAACAACUUCCCCCCGCUGCCCAGCUUCAUCCCCCUGAAGCCCUGCUUCUACCAGAACUUCUCUGAUGAGAUCCCCAUUGAGCACCAGGUCCUGGUGAAGAGGAUCUACCGGCUGUGGAUGUUUUACUGCACCACCCUUGGGGUCAACCUGGUCGCCUGCCUGGCCUGGUGGAUUAGUGGGGGCUCAGGAGCCAAUUUUGGCCUGGCCUUCGUCUGGCUGCUACUCUUCACACCCUGCAGUUACGUGUGCUGGUUCCGACCUGCCUACAAGGCCUUCCGAGCUGACAGCUCCUUUAACUUCAUGGCGUUUUUCUUCAUCUUUGGAGCACAGUUUGUCCUGACUGUCAUCCAGGCCAUUGGCUUCUCAGGAUGGGGUGCAUGUGGUUGGUUGGCAGCAAUUACUAUGUUCAAGACCAGUGUGGGGGCUGCUGUGGUCAUGUUGCUUCCAGCCAUCAUGUUCUCCCUGUCAGCUGUCAUGAUGGCAAUCAUGAUUCUGAAGGUGCACAAGAUCUACCGAGGGGCUGGUGGAAGCUUCCAGAAGGCACACACAGAAUGGAACACAGGCAUUUGGCGGAACCCGCCAUCAAGGGAAGCCCAAUACAACAACUUCUCAGGAAAUAGCCUGCCCGAGUACCCUACUGUGCCCAGCUACCCAGGAGGUGGCAGCCAGUGGCCCUAGAUGGUGUCGACCAGCCCUGCUGCUGCCCACUGCCUCUUCCUCUUCACUCCCUUGGUCUGGAGAGCCUGAGAGUCUGUCCCCACAGCCCUCCCAAGAGGGUCCCCAGCUGGGAUGGCAAAAGUGGGUGGUGGCCCUCGGGGGCUCCUUGAAAGCAUGGCCCAGCAGGAGGACACUCCUGAAUUCUGAAAAUGUGUGGUCACCUUGACAUCUGCCACAUGGCAACCACAGCUUUGUUUCAUCAGGUCAUGGAGACCUGACCCACUGGUCUUCCUGGGGAGAAGGUGGAGUACCCUGGCUGUGGGGUCUGUCUGGCACUCACUGCUCUGCCCCCCAUUAGCGGGGCAGACACCCUGAACCAGGAGGCCUCACAGCACCAGGCUUUCCCAUCCCCUGGGGUGACAGAGGGGCUUGAUGUGCAGCCUUGUCUUCAAUAUUCUCAUCAUCUUUCUGAGUCCCUAUCUGCCUGCAUCUGAUGGCUCUUGGGGAUCAGCCCACAAUGGCUAGAGGCAGAUCAGCCACCUGAAUAGGGGUGGUCUCUGCUGCUCCCUGUCCUCCUCCUCCCAGUCUCCUCCUUUGCCCCAGGCUUGAGGGCACAGUUGUGGGGUCUCCCUCUCUUGACCAGGGACCUUGGGCAAGACCUGCCUAUGCUCCAAAUCCAGGAAUCAAUUCCUUUGGUGGAGGGGAGAGAGGCUGGCCCAACCAGGCAAGGUGCACGGCAUCCCCUGGACCCAAUGACUCUUGAAGAAAAUAGCUGCCAUCUCCACAGAGUGCCUGUGGGGCUGUGUAUCCUCAACACAGGAGAAUGAUACCCCAAAUCUGGAGGCUCCUGAUUAAGACAUCAGGAGCUGAGGAACCCUUUUAAGUCUGCAGGAAGCAGACAGUUUCUCAGGAGACGGAGCCCCUCAAGAGUGGCCUUUUCCAAGGAAUUGAGAUGUGACAAAUCUCUGUGCCUUACCAAGGAAUUUCAGCAAACCAUCACUAUUUUCUUCCCUUCCAUCUUUCUAACUCUUUACGCAGUUUUGUCCUUAUUGAAAGAGCUGAGAUGCAUCUCUCGGGGAUUUCCACAGAACCUUUGAUAACUUUUAGGUCAGAGAGAAACCUUUUCUGAGCCACCUUUUCUUGCUUGCCAGCUAUGCUGUGGGGGGCACUGUGGGCACUGGCCCAGCCCCUAACCCAGCCACACUGGACUGGGCCCUCUCCAGCACAACCCUGUAUUCCAGUGCUUGCUUGCUUUGGUUGCUUGUGCCAAACACCCUUGGUGCCCAAAGGUGGCCACAGUGCCUGGGGUUGGGGCAAGGCAGCCAGGAUAGAAAACCUACCCUGCUGCAGAUCCACAUCUUGGGGUGAUGCCUUGGCUGACCUCCUGUGGAAAGCACCAGCUCCUCUGGCCACAAGGCUGUGUAUCAGCAUGCUAUGGUGGCUGGUGGCAGGUGCUUGAGCCUUGAGGUCUCCUGGCAGUCCCUGCCUGCCCUCCACCAUGCUUUGCCCCUCACAGCAUUGUGGGGUCUUUUGUUAUGUGAAGUUAUCCUAGAAAUAAAUCUUUCUGUAUCAGACAGUGCUCAGGGCUGUGUUUGUGGUAUAUGA